UACUGGGAGGGCAGGGGGAGCCAGUGGUGGAACAAGGAGGAGGACCUAUUAGAGCCUUUGCCCCGGCGCCGGUGACUCAGUGUUCGCGGGAGCGCCGCACCUACCCCAGCCAACCCGGAUCCCGAGGUCCGACAGCGCCCGGCCCCGUCCCCGCGCCUGCCAGGAGCAAGCCGAGAGCCAGCCAGCCAGCCAGCCAGCCAGCCGGCCGGCGCACUCCGACCCCGAGCAGUCUCUGUCCUUCCGCCCUAGCCCCGCGCCCUUCCCGGGACCCCUGCCCAGCGGGCAGCGCUGCCACCCUGCCGGCCAUGGAGACCCCGUCCCAGCGGCGCGCCACCCGCAGCGGGGCGCAGGCCAGCUCCACUCCGCUGUCGCCCACCCGCAUCACCCGGCUGCAGGAGAAGGAGGACCUGCAGGAGCUCAAUGAUCGCUUGGCGGUCUACAUCGACCGUGUGCGCUCGCUGGAGACGGAGAACGCAGGGCUGCGCCUUCGCAUCACCGAGUCUGAAGAGGUGGUCAGCCGCGAGGUGUCCGGCAUCAAGGCCGCCUACGAGGCCGAGCUCGGAGAUGCCCGCAAGACCCUCGACUCAGUGGCCAAGGAGCGCGCCCGGCUGCAGCUGGAGCUGAGCAAAGUGCGUGAGGAGUUUAAGGAGCUGAAAGCACGCAAUACCAAGAAGGAGGGUGAUCUGCUGGCUGCUCAGGCCCGGCUGAAGGACCUGGAGGCUCUGCUCAACUCCAAGGAGGCCGCACUGAGCACUGCUCUCAGUGAGAAGCGCACGCUGGAGGGCGAGCUGCAUGAUCUUCGGGGCCAGGUGGCCAAGCUUGAGGCAGCGCUGGGUGAGGCCAAGAAGCAGCUUCAGGAUGAGAUGCUGCGGCGGGUGGAUGCUGAGAACAGGCUGCAGACCCUGAAGGAGGAACUGGACUUCCAGAAGAACAUCUACAGCGAGGAGCUGCGUGAGACCAAGCGCCGCCACGAGACCCGGCUGGUGGAGAUUGACAACGGGAAGCAGCGUGAGUUUGAGAGCCGGCUGGCGGACGCCCUGCAGGAGCUGAGGGCCCAGCAUGAGGACCAGGUGGAGCAGUACAAGAAGGAGCUGGAGAAGACUUACUCCGCCAAGCUGGACAAUGCCCGGCAGUCUGCUGAGAGGAACAGCAACCUGGUGGGGGCCGCCCACGAGGAGCUGCAGCAGUCCCGCAUCCGCAUCGACAGCCUGUCCGCCCAGCUCAGCCAGCUGCAGAAGCAGCUGGCAGCCAAGGAGGCGAAGCUUCGAGACCUGGAGGACUCGCUGGCCCGUGAGCGGGACACCAGCCGGCGGCUGCUGGCGGAAAAGGAGCGGGAGAUGGCCGAAAUGCGGGCAAGGAUGCAGCAGCAGCUGGAUGAGUACCAGGAGCUGCUGGACAUCAAGCUGGCUCUGGACAUGGAGAUCCAUGCCUACCGCAAGCUCCUGGAGGGCGAGGAGGAGAGGCUACGCCUGUCCCCCAGCCCCACCUCCCAGCGGAGCCGCGGCCGUGCUUCCUCCCACUCGUCCCAGACACAGGGUACGGGCAGCAUCACCAAAAAGCGCAAGCUGGAGUCCACCGAGAGCCGCAGCAGCUUCUCGCAGCACGCACGCACUAGCGGGCGCGUGGCUGUGGAGGAGGUGGACGAGGACGGCAAGUUCGUCCGGCUGCGCAAUAAGUCCAACGAGGACCAGUCCAUGGGCAAUUGGCAGAUCAAGCGCCAGAAUGGAGAUGAUCCCUUGCUGACUUACCGCUUCCCACCGAAGUUCACCCUGAAGGCUGGGCAGGUGGUGACGAUCUGGGCUGCAGGCGCUGGGGCCACCCAUAGCCCCCCUACCGACCUGGUGUGGAAGGCACAGAACACCUGGGGCUGCGGGAACAGCCUGCGCACGGCUCUCAUCAACUCCACUGGGGAAGAGGUGGCCAUGCGCAAGCUGGUGCGCUCGGUGACUGUGGUUGAGGACGACGAGGAUGAGGAUGGAGAUGACCUGCUCCAUCACCACCACGGCUCCCACUGCAGCAGCUCGGGGGACCCCGCUGAGUACAACCUGCGCUCGCGCACCGUGCUGUGCGGGACCUGCGGGCAGCCUGCCGACAAGGCGUCUGCCAGCAGCUCAGGAGCCCAGGUGGGCGGAUCCAUCUCCUCUGGCUCUUCUGCCUCCAGUGUCACGGUCACUCGCAGCUACCGCAGUGUGGGGGGCAGUGGGGGUGGCAGCUUCGGGGACCACCUGGUCACCCGCUCCUACCUCCUGGGCAACUCCAGACCCCGAACCCAGAGCCCCCAGAACUGCACCAUCAUGUAAUCUGGGACCUGCCGGGCAAGGGUGGGGGUGGAGGCAUGCUUCCUCCUCACCCAUGCCCACCCCCUGCCCUGCACCGCAUGGGAGGGGACUUGAAGCCAAAGAAAAAUAUGCCUUUGGUUUUUUUCUUCUGUAUUUUUUUUUUUUCUAAGAGAAGAUAUUUUCUACAGUGGUUUUAUACUGAAGGAAAAACACAAGCAAAAAAAAAAAAAAAAAA